AUCUUCUUGGCGCCCACCACCAGCACCACGUCGCACAGCUCCCGGUGCUUCCUCAGGAGGUUAAUCACUUCCAAGAAAAGCGCGACCACAGUCAACCCGCAGCCCUGCUCCCUCACUGUUUCCCCAGGGUCGCUCGCUGAGUUGCUUACUAGGUCCAACCCUGCGCCUGGGUUCCGCACGCCCAACUUCGUCUGACCGAGUUUUUCUGUGCAACCCCGCUCCGACAGCUGCUGGCUUCGCCCCUCUUACAGGCCUUUGGCAGACGCACAAUCGUUUAGCCGGUUACCUUCAGGGUGACUAUCCUCACUCUGGAAGCUGAACCGUUUCUAAGUGAAGCUCCACCCAUCCUCACCUUUCCACGCCUCGCAACUUGGACCUGCGUGCACAGCCCGGAAAACGGCUUUUGGGGCGGUGCUACGUCCCUUGGCGGCGGGUGCGUCGUCGCCAUGGUGACCGCGGAAGCCUGGUAUCUCGGCAGCGGUGAGAGGUAGUUUCAGUGAAGAGGGCAAGGUAAUCCCGGAGUUAAUGGAGUCAGAGGGACCCCCGGACUCAGAGAGUUCAGAAAAAUCAGCAUUUUUAUCCCAGCAAGAAGAAGUUGAAGAAGGAGAAGAGGAGGAGGAACAGGAGGAGGAGGAGGAGGAACAGGAGGAAGAGCGAGAGGAAGCAGGCCCCGUGAAUCCCCUCUUGCAGCCUGCUCUCACAGGGGAUGUGGAAGGCUUGCAGAAGGUUUUUGAGGACCCUGAGAACCCUCAUCAUGACCAGGCCAGGCAGCUCCUCCUGGAAGAAGACAUCGUUGGCAGGAAUUUGCUGUACGCAGCUUGCAUGGCUGGGCAGAGCGGCGUGAUCAGAGCUUUGGCAAAAUACAAUGUGAAUCUGAAUGAAAAAACCGCCAGAGGUUAUACCCUCCUACACUGCGCUGCCGCCUGGGGCCGUCUGGAAACUUUGAAAGCACUCGUGGAAUUGGAUGUUGACAUUGAAGCUCUGAACUUCCGGGGAGAGAGAGCUCGAGAUGUUGCUGCUCGGUAUUCCCAGACCGAAUGCGUCGAAUUCCUGGACUGGGCAGAUGCAAGGCUGGCCCUGAAAAAAUAUAUUACAAAGGUCUCCACAACUGUCACAGAUGCAGAAAAGGGACCAGGGAGAUUCCUUAAAGAAGACAAGAAUACCAUCUUUGGUGCAUGCCGUGCGAAGAAUGAGUGGUUGGAAACCCAUCUGGAAGCUUCUGUCAGUGAGCUUGUGGAGCAGAAACAACAGUUAGAAGAGAUCGUGACUCCUAUCUUCAUAAAAAUGGCUACACCACGCCAAGUGAGAAGCGCGAGAUCUGUGACCUAGGCCACAGCUGGAAAACAAGCCAAGACCAUACCUUCUCCUGCACAUGUAUUUCCUAAAAAGCCACACUUUCCCCUAGUAUUUGUAAAGGCAAACCUAUUCAUGACAAUUGAAGCUGGGAAAACCGAGACAGGGUUUUAUAAAAACGUCUGAGUAUGAAAUCGGACUGGCCCUGUUCUGUUCUCCCUUUGCCAGUGUGCUCACGUCCAGACCACCCGGCCUCCGCUCUGCUCCCUGCACCCCACA